AGGGACGACGCGUGCGCGGGAGUGGGUGGGCAGAGGGGCGGGGCGACACGGAGGGGGGCGCUGGCUGAGCGUGGGGCGCAGACCCGGGGGCCACUCGUGUGCCCAGGCUUCCCGCGUGCCGCACCGCGCUACCAGAGGGGACCGAAGAUGUGACGGGAGGGCCGCCGACGGCCCGCGGACGAUGUUCGCGCUCCUGGGCGCGACGGCCCUGAUGCUGGUGGCUGGGGCGCCAUGGGGGUUGCUCGCAGCCGCAGGGGGAACAAAUCUAAAAUGUCCUGAAAAUGAUAGCAUCAGCAUCAUUGAUGACAACUUCAUCCUGAAGUGGAGCAGCAGCAGUGAGUCUGUCAGGAAUAUGACUUUUUCAGCAGAAUAUAAAAUGCCCUGGAUGGAUAAUUGGGAAAAAUUGCCUGGGUGUCAACAUAUUGCUAGUACCGAAUGCAGCUUUUCUUCAGUCCAGCUUAAAAGCUUUCAUAAAUGUGUUUAUGAAAAUAUUGAAUUGCGCAUAAGAGCAGAAAAAGGAAACAACACUUCUCAAUGGCAUGAGGUUAAGCCAUUUAUACCAUUUCUAAAAGCUCAAAUUGGUCCUCCAGAUGUACAUUUAGAAGCCGAAGAUAAGGCAAUAAUAAUAAACAUCUCUCCUCCUGGAACAAAUUAUAGUAUCAUGUGGGCUAUGGAUCAUUUGAACUUUAAGUAUAGCGUAGUUAUCUGGGAAAACUCUUCAAGUCCAGAAGAAAGGACUGAAACUAUUUAUUCGGGAGGUAAAAUUUAUAAACUCUCACCAGGGACUACUUAUUGUUUAAAAGUUAAAGCAAAACUGCUUUCACCAAGAAAAAAUGGUUUCUAUAGUCCAGUGCAUUGUGUAAACACCACAGAGAAACAUAAAGUACCUUCACCGGAAAAUAUACAAAUCCAUGCUGAAAAUCAAGUCUAUGUUCUUAAAUGGGAUUACGCAUAUGAAAACACGACUUUUCGAGCUCAAUGGUCCUAUGAGCAUUCAAAAAACACUCCUGAGAAUCGUUCAGACAAAUGGAAACAAAUACCGAACUGUAAAGAUGUCAAAACUACCCACUGUGUGAUCCCUCAGAAUGAUUUCCUGGAAGCAAUUCACCGUAUCCGUAUCCGUGUACAAGCAUCUAAUGGAAAUAACACAUCUUUUUGGUCUGAAGAGAAAAUGUUUGAUGCUGAAAUGGAAACCAUCAUAUCUCCUCCAGUCAUUAGCAUGAAAUCCAUUAAUGAUGACUCACUGCAUGUGUCUAUUGGGGCUCCAAAACAGUCUGAAAACAACUUGAACCAGCUUUACCCACUAAUUUAUGAAGUUAUUUUUCGGGAAAACACUUCAGAUGCUGAGAGAAAAGUUGUAGAGAAAAGAACUGAGUUUACCUUUCCUAACUUGAAACCACUGACUGUAUAUUGUGUCAAAGCCAGAGCACUCGUGGAAGAUGACAGGCAGAACAGAAGCAGUGUUUUUAGUGAUACUGUGUGCGAGAAAACAAAAGCAGGAAGUACUUCCAAAACCUGGCUCAUAGCUGGAAUUUGCACUGCAUUAUUUUCUAUCAUUCUCGUCGUUUAUGUUGUGAAAGUCCUCUCGAGAUGCAUCAAUUAUGUGUUCUUUCCAUCAAGCAAACCUCCUUCCACUAUAGAUGAGUAUUUCUCUGAACAGCCGCUAAGGAAUCUGCUCCUUUCCACUUCUGAGGAGCAAACAGAAAGAUGUUUUAUAAUUGAAAAUACAAACAUCAUUACUGUAAUAGAAGAGACUAAUCCAGCUGAUAAAGAUCACAGAAAGUACGAUUCCCAGACUAGUCAAGAUUCAGGAAACUACUCUAAUGAAGACGAAAACAGUGGAAGUAAAGUAAGUGAAGAACUUCUGCAACAGGAAUCUGUGUGAGCAGGAAUGAACUCCCAAAUAUUAGGGAGUCUCGCGGAAGUUACAGUGAGAACCUGGGCUCCUUGUUCCUCUCAGUAACUAUCAAGAGAAUAUUUGCUUGUGGGGGAAGAAAAAUUGUCUUCAGGUCCUAAAAGUACCGGCAAGCACUUCACUAUUUAAAAUGAAUUUGGAGAAGAGUGUUCUACAUUCUUUGCCAUGUGUAAAGUCUUGAAAGACCUGUCAUUGGACCUGCCUUGGAUGAGAGGCGUUAAAGCCGGGAGAUGCCCUCUGUCUUCCUAAUGAUCCCCUAAGCACCACUGGGCUGGUGUGCGGUAAGGGCGGCGUCUGUGUUCCCGUCCGCUGAGACCGUCGCCGUGCUGCUGUUGCUGCUGCAAGUGCCGUCUGUCCCUUCUCCAUCCCAGUAUUACAGUGCAUGAUCUUUCAGGAGAUAUUUAGAACAUGUGGUCUUUUCUUUGGACCCUGAAGUAGACCCUUUGGAAGUGUCUUUAGAAAAGCCUGAAUACCACCAUCACUUGGUUUUCUGAAAAAGUAGCUUACUCUGGAAAACAGCUGCAGAUGCCAGAAGCAUGGUCCUUACAGUUUUUUCAGGGGAAUUCUAUCCAUUUAUACCAGUUACAUUGGCUUCUGCCACACAGUUACCGAUCCCUUCUAUGGUUUAGGAUUAAAGCCAGAUAACCUUUUGUUAUAUGUACAUUAAGUCUUCCUGAUUCAGAACAUUAGAACAAUAGCUUCUAGUUAGAAUGCACAAUCACUUAAAUUACAGAGAAAUGGGAAACUAUCUGAGUAGAGAAGUUACUAUUAUCUUUUAGGAUGUGGGAGUCUGUGACAUUAGUCACAGUGUAUGUAAGAAGUCUUGGGACCAGAAAAUGCUACUGAUAGAAUAGACAGUAAGAAGUAGAGUAAUUCAAUAGGAAAGAAGCAGGUGGCUUUCAUGAAAAAUAAGAAUAAUGUGUAUAAUCAACUUUUGAUUAUUAACAUACUGAAGGUUGUUGGGUUUUGUGGCUUAUCUGUGUCAUUUCUGACACCAGGCCAGCUUCUCUACACUGUCUGGAAGUAUUCAGGUAGCCCAUCUGUUCAGCCUACAUGCACUCAAGCAAAUGCAAGUUAUUUAUCAUCAGGGUGUAGGAGGAAAUGUAACUGAGAAGAAAACCUAGUUUUUAAAGUUGUGUGAUGCCUUUCAAGGCACCUAUAGCUUAUUUUUAAAUGAUUUGCUGUUUGGGAUGAUUCAUGGAGAUGCUGCGGAGGAAGGAAGUGUAGGAAUUCUGGUGGCCUCCGAGGCCAGGUUCUCAGCUUCAGUUGUUGCGGCAGGACCAGUGAAAGGGAAGGGAGAUGGAGCUACCCAGAGCAUCACUUCAGGCCAGUCUUAUUUACAUAGUGGUCCUCUGUGGUCUCCUGGGUGGAAGAAGAGGUUGAAAGCAGCUGCCCUGGGAAGGGCUGUGGCACUCAGCACGUCCCCUGCAGAGCACACUGUGUGCUUCCCUGGAUCUCAGGCCAGCUCCUAAGGGACCAUGUGGGGUCAGGGGAUCCCCACCCCGCCCACCCCCAAGGCAGUUCUCUACAGCGACCCAAACACACCUUUGAUCCUUCUGACCAGAGGCAUUUGGUUUAAGACAGAUCCGGGUUGGCCCUUCACUUGUAAAGCCUCUGCCAGGGGGAACAGGCCUCUGUAGGGAGGACGUGAGGAACAUGCCGGAACCCUGCCGCCACUGGCUUCCAUCCUGCGUCAGUGCCGUGGGCCUGGCCAGCACUUGGGCCCGGGAUUUACCACAGGAAGAAGGCUGCUUUAGACUGGACAUCCUAAAAGGAAACCAUGCCUUCUUGGGAUGUGGUAGUGGGGAAACUCAGGCAUUAAAAUGAAAAGAGGCCAGAGAAGUCACGAGGUCCCUGGAUGUGGGAACCUGUGUGUCUUUGGGGUUUAAGACCCCCUGUGGUUUUCAGUGAACAAGCAUCUGAGCAGCAGCGAACAAAAACCCCUCAAUUUUGCGUUGUCUUCUAGACACGAAAAUGCAUUUCCAUCCCGUUCUUCAUUAUGGUCCACAUGUAGCCUAAUCCGGAUGUGUUCAUUUGUAACGUGGCAUUUUUUCUGAAGAAUAGUUUACACAGAAACACCAUAUACUUGGGAACACCAGUAAACUGCCUCGAAACUACAAUAUUGAUGGUUCUUGGAGAGGCAGGAUAUAACCUAAGCAUUUAUGUAGAAGAUUUGUAUCAUUGCAGCCAGAAAUAAUGUCUCAAUAUGUAGUAUAGAUUAAUAUAUACAUAAAUGAUGACAUGCAUAUGUGAACAUAUACACAUGCUUAUACCUACACAUGCAGACACAUGACGUGGGCCACACCCCAGCAGUACAGCCGCAAAGAUUUAGCAUAGGUUCUAGUUACAAAAGUAUAAAUGCUGCUCUGGAAUGAUGAGCUGCAGAGUCCUACUAGAAAUUUACAACCUAUAAAAAAGGUAUUUCAAAAAUAUAAUUUAGAGUUUGUAUCUUUUCCUCGAACUGUGACCUUCAAAGCCGCCUCAGAUUGCUCUUAAGAAUUGGGAGAGUGUGCAGAAACGUUUCGUACCUCUCCCCUCCUCUCUGUAACCCUCUGACGACCUGACAUGUUUGUCCUUGUUUCAUCUGGAAGCUCCAUGAGGGCAGGGGUUUACUUCUACUUACAGCUGCAUUCCCAGCACCUACCACAGUGUGGAACCUCACACCUAAGAAGCAUGCAGGAAAGAACUGGCAAAGGACAGAAAUCGGAAAUUUGAACCAAGUAGGUGUUUCUGACGCUGUAUGUCUUGUUGAGUUGUGGAAGGACACAGCCG